AUGAGCAACCCCAACCCGUAUAAAAUGCGCGGAAAGACAGCGCCGAGUCACCGACCGUUAAGAAAAACGGCCGUCAAGGAAAGAAGAGGAAAGAGGGGAAGAGAAGUGGACUGAAGUCCGAGACAGGAAAGAAAAAAAGUAGAACUCAACUCGUAUGAUUCUCUCUCUGUUUCUCUCUGGAGCAGUUCUUCUAUCAGUACACCAUCUGGUUCUAUCAAGGUAGGUAGGUUAAAGUUAUCCCGAAGAGGCGCUGGUUGAGGUCUCUCCCGUGUUCAAUUACCACGACCAUGGCUACCAAAUCGUCAGCUGUAUGUGAUGAUGACUACUCGUUACUUAAGGAUCUUAAGAUGGAAAUCGACACAGAUGAAGGCACAUUCUCUCUCUGUUUUUGGAUUUACCUAUUAAAUGCCACCAACCCUCCGUCUACAAUCAUCCGACAGUCUGAUAUUGAAGGUGAUGCUCCCUUUCUUGUUUUGAAUGAGGAGAAGAAAAUGACACUAUUUCCGUUGUUGUCCCUACAUGAAGAAGCUCCUCAUCCUAGAAACUCCACUUCAUUGUUCAAAAUUCCCUGCAUAUCUUCGGAGGUUGAGUGCCCAUUGGAAAAAUGGGUUCAUGUUGGAUGUGAGGCAUCUAAAGAUCGUAUGUGUCUUCAUAUAAAUGGGGUGGUUGUGGGAGAUAAACCACUGGCGUCUUCCUUGAAGAAUGAUUCUAGCCCAGAUGAUUUGAAGAAGGUAACUUUGGCUGGUAAUGAUGGAGGUGAUGGGAGAUUUCAGGCUUAUGUCCAUCAUGCACGAGUCUUGCCUGUGACAGCCUCUGUUAAGGAUCACUCUAUGGAGAACCCACCAGUGGAAUUAUCCAUUGACAGUUCAUGUGCCUCAGAGAUUGAAGAAGGCAGUGAUGGUGUUUGGAGUGUUGUUGGUGGCAAGGCAUCCUGUCGGAGGAACUUCUCACUGGAUGUUGUUCUAUCAGAUGCCUUUGGCCAUCCUGUAAACAAGGAAAUGGAGGUUGUUGCUUCACUUUUAUAUGCUGACAAUGGGAUGCCUGUUGAGAAACCAAGAGAUGCAGAAGCUCCCCUUUUGACAAGCUAUGACGGAAUUGAAUAUGCUUCUUUCAAUAGACCAAGUAAACUAUUGCAUGGUCGUGCAUCCUUUAAGCUCAAGAUAUCACAGCUUUCAUCCAAAUGUGAUAGUAGGUUAUUCCGAAUUCGUUUCGAUUCACCUAAGACUGGGGACUUCCCAUUUCUUCAAGCAUACUCCUGUCCAAUACGCUGCAUAUCAAGGAAUCGUAAUACUCGAACAUCUUCAAUGCCAUUGAAGAAGUCAAUUUCUGUAGGCCAUCCGCUUGAUGGGCCUCAGUCAUCUGGAGUGGAUGAUGGAUCCAUAGAAACGCAACAAAAUAAUGGAGAAGGGCUCUUCUCAGUAUUUUCUAUGCGUGAACCAAAGUCCAGUCCACCCCCAAAACGCAUUAAAGUUGGAUCUGAAAAGUCAUCUGCAAGAAUCCAGGCUUGCCCCAUUUCAGAUUGUCCUGAUAUUGGCUACAAAGCUCAUUCAUUUUCUACUAACCAGGGUGACAAUGCCUUUGGGAUGACGCUUGAGGAGAAACAUGAAAAUCUUGAAGGAACAGAUGACACCCCCUCUGAUUCUGAAAGUGUUCAAGCAAGAAAUUCAGCUUUCAGGAGGGUUGUGAAUACCAGAAAUCAAAUUUCAGACAUGACCAUUUUCAAAUAUUGCUUAGGAGGAAUGAGUGAGCGAGCUCUACUUCUCAAGGAGGUUGCAUCCACUGCUACAGACCAAGAACUAGCAGACUUUGCACAGCAGGUUUCCCUAUACACAGGAUGUUCCCACCACCAGUACCAAAUAUCAAUAUCAAAGCGAUUGGUACAGGAGGGAACCAAUGCAUGGAAUUUGAUCUCACAAAACAAACAUCAAGUUCUUUGGGAGAAUGCAGUCUUUGAAAUUGAGGAGCAAUUCAUGAAAAUCUCUGGCUGCAGUUCUAGGGGUCUAAUGGAAGAGGACUUUGAAGUUCUGCGAAGAAUUUCUGGAUGCAGGGACUACAUGACCCAAGAGAACUUCGAUAAGAUGUGGAACUGGUUAUACCCAGUAGCCUUCUUAUUAUCAAGAGAUUGGAUGAACGAAAUGUGGGCUAGUACGUCACCCAGGUGGAUAGAAGGAUUGAUCACAAAGGAAGAAGCAGAGUCUUCACUCAGAAGUCCAAGACUCCAAGAGCCAGGGACCUUCAUACUAAGGUUUCCUACUUCACGGAGUUGGCCCCACCCAGAUGCUGGUAGCUUGGUUGUUACUUAUGUUGGUGCUGAUUACUCCAUUCAUCAUAGGCUGUUGUCCAUUGAUUAUAGGGAGAUGAGCAAAGGAACACUGCAGGACUUGAUACUGGACGAACCCCGACUCUCACGAUUGGGAAGGGUAACAAGGGAAGUUAGCAAGUUUGCUUGAGACGAAGUCUGAAUAUCAUUCCUCACUUGGCAAAGAUGAUUGAACAUUAUUUUAUGAAUUUGCUCUUAAUAUGGAUCUGGAAACUGUCCAGACUCCAGAGGACCCGGGGAAAGAGGAAGAUGGCUUUGCAUUUCAUUAUAUUUUUGGCUUCGUUCAGCCAUACUACGUAGAAGAUGAUAGGCUUCGUGCAGUGUGUUUAUUGUAAUCAUAUAGUCUUCUCUUUUGAUGAGAGUUUGUAAUUUUAAUUUUCUUUACAAGGCAAUCUUGCCCAACCUGGUUUUUUGUUGUAUCUCAAUAAUAAUACAUUUAGCUAUGCAUUAUUAUGGUGUA